UGCGUUAGUGUGACCUACCAGUUGUAAAUUACUUGAUAACUUUCCGAUAAUUAGUGAAGUUGUAGUGAUUUUCCAACUAUAAUAACUAAAUUAAUUCAAAAAAACCUAAAUAAAAAUGUAUUCCUUCGUCAGAUCAGUCACGCCUUUAAUCCGCUCCUCGGUUCUCCGAGCUGCCGUAUCCAAUAACUGUAAUGCAUUCAACCACACCAGCAGCAGGAUCGCCUCUGCUAACAUGCCCAGCAUGUACAGCGCUAACUUUUUAAACACUCCUAGCCAAACUGCCACCAGCCAAAUGUCUAGUUCAUUAUUACCGGCUAGAAGUUUCCAAACGUCGGCUGUCUCCAGAGAUAUCGAUUCCGCCGCUAAAUUUAUCGGAGCUGGUGCCUGUACCGUAGGAAUCGCCGGUUCUGGUGCCGGUAUCGGUUCAGUAUUCGGAUCGUUGAUCAUCGGAUACGCCAGAAAUCCAUCGUUGAAAGCUCAGCUUUUCUCAUAUGCUAUCUUAGGUUUCGCCCUAUCCGAGGCUAUGGGUCUGUUCUGUCUUAUGAUGGCCUUCUUAAUCUUAUACGCUUUCUAAGCUCGCGAUUCUAGACUAUGGUUUAAGUUGUAGUUAUCGAGUGGUGAACUUUUUAUUUUGUAUUUAAAAAUAAACGAGUUAGAAUAAUUUAA